CAAACUAAGAAGUCACCAUCCUUCUACAUACUCGCAAUUCAUGAUUAACGUAACGUCAGGCUUACGAUCGAUCCCGGCCGCUUACGACCGCAUUUGACACAAUUUGACAUGAGGUUAAGUAAUUUGACAUGAGGUUAAAUAAUUUGAGAUUUGCGACUUGAAUUCACUGGGCAAGAAGAUACUGACGAAAUCUCAGAUCUGGCUGCAGUGCAACAAGUGUAAAUACACCACGCAUCAUGAUUCCUUUAUGAUGCAUCGCAUGAAAGAUCAUAACGAGGAAAGGGCAGCUGACGAACACAUCUUCGAGAGCUAGGAGGAAAGUAAAAGACAUAGUUACAGCAAAGUGAAUGACUUGGAGAACAAGCAGAAUGAAACAGGAUGAUAAAGCGAUGGAGGUAACACUUUUGGAGCCGAUUCAGUCAGUUUUUCCUAUUACUCAAUUCACCCCACUACCACUGUUGGAUUUAUCAAAUUGUUAUCAAAUCAUCUAUAUGCUUCCGCUACAUUACCAGCGAGUGUUUCCACGUUGUCCCCAGAACAAAUGUAUGUUCUGCAGCCGAUUGACACGGCUAAUAUUGAAAACUUGAGGAAGAUGAUAAGAUUGGACUUGGAUCUUGAGCAGAAAAUGGAAGUGAAGAGCGAAAGUAAAAAAUGGAUAACCUUGAAAGAGGAUGGAAGUCUAGAACUGGUAGAGAUGCCUUGGAACGAGACAGAAGGAUCGAAUAUUGACGAUGGUGUUUGAUUAACUGUGCAAAAAUCAAAGACACUUUUGUAUUACAUUUGAUUGCUUUAACUUGAGAUGUUACUAAUUUCAGACAUUACGCCAUACAUAUAUCAAGAUACUAAUUACUAUCAAGAAAAAUGAUUUUACCUAACAAUAUUGGUGACUGGGUGGAAUUUAUUCUGAUGCUAGAAAUAUGGAUGUUUUUCUUCGCCAAUAAAUAUACCGGCAAUUUAUAUUAAAGAAAUAAUGCUUUAUUUAUUAUUCUCUUAAUUGUUGAAGCUUCAAAAAUG